ACAUUAUUAGUGCAAGCGGGACAGGACGCGACAUUUUGAUACGGAACUUUUCCGUGUAUUGAUUGCCAUGCCAGUCAGAACACAGAAGUAUCUCUUUCAUACCAUAGGAAUAUAAUACUUGGAUUACCUUCGUUAACAUGUAUUUUCGCCCAUCAGUUUGCGCAGACAUAUAGUUAGAUGCAUACGUAAGCAGUUAUAUUUGUGAUUGAUUUUCAGCGGAGAUGGCGAUCCCUGAACAGUUUUCGUUACGGUGGAACGAUUUUCACUCAAACUUGUCUCAAUCUUUCCAAGCUCUUUUGGAAGGCGAAGAUCUGGUGGAUGUAACAUUAGCGGCGGGAGGGCAGUAUGUUCAGGCUCACAAGCUCAUACUUUCGGUCUGCAGCCCAUACUUCAAGGAGCUGUUUAAGAUGAACCCGUGUGAACAUCCGAUAGUUAUACUGAAGGAUGUAGCUCACCAGGAACUGAAACAGCUUCUGCAAUUUAUGUACCGCGGAGAAGUACAUGUGAGACAGCAAGAGCUCUCUGGAUUUUUACACACAGCCGAGUUACUUCAAGUUAAAGGGCUCACGGGUGGUAGAGAGAGAAGUGAAUCUCCCCAGCCAGUGGUUGAAAGUGAGUCAACUAACACUGGUCGUCAGCAAGUACCUGAAUCUGGUGGUGAUAGUCUACCUGAAUGGGUCCCACCUUCCGAGGAGGCGACUGUAUCAGAUGUUUCACCAGAAUCAGCCAGCUCGGGGCCUCCCACCGAAGAAGCAACUCGAAGCCCACUGAAGAGAUUAUUGAAGAACACACCAGGCAAGACAACCUAUAAUAUGAAGAAGAAGCCUCGACCUGUCAACGAUAGCCCCACUCAUGCUGAGAACACGGAAUAUGCAUCUGACAGUGAGCCCAUGAUCGACUUCGACAGCGACAUGUUCAAUAAUGUCCUAUUGCCAGAUUCAGCCAAAGACUCGGGAUGGAACUGCAAAACCGGUGGUGUUAAGUGUCCGUCCUGCCAUCGGUUUUUCGCGAAUCGGUACAAUCUUAAAGUGCAUAUACGUGACAAGCACGACACUAGAGAGGGUACGCUACAAUGUGAUAUAUGUCAAAAACGUAUGCGUAAUCCAUCAUGCCUCCGGGUUCAUAUGUACCAUCAUCGGAAGCAGGCUACAUAUUUGGCACAACUCAGCGCCCAAGGCGAUCAAAUGAGACACGCCGUUCAGAACAUGGUUGGCAAUAAAUGGCGAUCUGAAGCAAACGCGGAGUUCAGGGAUGCUGACAAUUUCCCAGCUGUCACUGAGAAUGCCAAGCUGCAGGCGGAAAGGCCAAGCGAGGCUGCUCUGCCUAAGUCAGAGACUAAUCAAGAGGCCGUAUGAUUAACGGCCCAUGUUCCGGACGACGAUUUCGUGGACCCAAUAACACUGGCAUCUAUAUUCACCCAGAAAUUCACAUGGAAUUCAAAAUUGAUAUUCGGCUACAACCCUAAAAAGACAAGAAACAGGAAACGGAAGUCACCCAAGAAAAAGAAGUAGGUCCGUUUGAUUUCCUCAUUGUAAUAUGUUACCGUCAUGUUCUGCCUGUUCGAAGUUUUUAUUGGUUUAUUUCCAAAAUUUCUCAUGUCAUCCGGACAUAGAUAAUGUGAGUGUCAGCGAUUUAUACAUUUGAUUUAUAUGUUUCUUAUGGCACUGUUGAAGAGGUUAUAACGUACCUUCUACACUCCACCACACAAAAUCCAAAGACUGAAAGAAAUAUGCACAUAACAAAACUUGCAAUUAUGUACAGGGUGUGCACUUCGACGUACUUAGUUGUAAUGUCAUACAAAAAGAAAAAGUUAUUUCCCAAUACCAUAUAUUUUUUAAGUUUUAAUUUUACAUACUGUAUUCUGUAAUAGUUAUUAAGUUGUGGUUUCUGUGCCGCCUCGAACAUAGUUGUCUCAAGUCUACUUUAAGGUUUAGGAAGAAUCUCAACGCAAGCCUGUGAACAAAUGAUAAUUUAGAUGAUGUGGCACUAAUAUGGAGAGCCACCUACAAUUUUAAUCAAUAGAUAUUAUAAUGUAUUAACAGUAAAAUUAAUUUUAAAUAUUUGACAAGCUGUAACAAAGUACAAUUAAAGAAGAAGGCUUGGUCAGUUUUAAAUUAGUUAUUAAAAAUGUUGCCAUUCCAAAAUUACAAAUGUACAAAAUAGUUUCUCAUUUUUUUUACAAUGUCUUUAAACAUUAAGUACAAGAACAAGGUUUAACGGUUACAAAUAACAAAAGAAUAAAAAUAAAAAUUUAAAUAAAAUGAAUAAAUAAAUAAGAAAAUAAUAAAAAUAACCUUACAGUACAAAAUACCUUAUUGUGUAUAUUAAUCAUUUAUAAAAUGUAUGCUUUACUUAGUAAUUUUAAGUUUUAUUAUUAAGAUUUCAAUAUUCGUAAUGUUUUUUUAGAGAACAGUUUUUAUACAUACGAUUUAUUAUUUUAGUCCGAUAAUGAUGUAUACAUUUUUUUUUUUUUUUUUUUUUUUUUAAUAUUUAACAAGGGUCUAGGUGUAUUUAAAUGAAAAUUUGUAUGUACCUCAUUUUUUAAUCGACUGUCUUAGUUGUAAUUUUUGAAAUCAUGACAAAAUAUAUUCAAGGGAUUACAAUGUCUUUGAUCUGAUUGAAAUCAUUGGAGCCAGCUUGUCAAAUAGUGAUUGCCAUUAUCUAUGUGGGGUUGGAUUUGAAUAUUAUUAUCUGUGCGGGGUUGAUUUGAACAUUCUUAUAUAUAUAUACACCCACAUAUAUAUAUUAUCAUAGAAAUGUAUGUCAAAAUUCUGUGAAGCUUUAAUAUUAUAUAUCUUUUCGUCCCAUCGUUAGUCGAACGUCAGAAGUUAUAUUAUAUCGAUAGUUUAGCUCUCUCAUACAUAAUAUAUAAAAAAAAAAAAAUAUUAUUAAUUUAUGGCAUUGAGAUUUUUAGUUGUAAUGGUUGGAUUUUUGUUAUUUCUUCCGUCCCAUUCCGUUUUGUAUGACAUAGGAUGUGAGAUUAUUAUUAUUAUUAUUUUUAUAUUUUUUUUUUUUUAUAAUUUAAUUCCUCUUUUACAGGCAAAUUAUUUAUCAAAUACAGUGAAUCUCAUUUUACAAUUUUAUUGUGGAUUGUGUAACCUUUAUCUGUUUUGUAUAAUGUCAUAUUCUCUAUGCUGAGAGCUCAAUUUUGUUGUGACGUAUAUCGUACCUCUAUGUAGUAUAGGAUAUUUGACUAAAAUCAACUAAAUCACAUUCAUACUGCUCUGUAUGUGGAUUUUGAAUUUUUAAAGACAUUUUUGAUGGCUUUAAUGUUCUGAACAUAUAAUAUAAUCAUGGUUUGGGUGGAUCUAACCAUUAAGGAUAAGGGGUAAUAGAACUAACACGUCUAUUAUAUUCGAUUGUAAGCUUUUAUUUUAUCUCAUUACAUUCCAGUAGAUGUAAGCCUGCAUAAUCAAACCUAAUAAGGUCUAAGUAUUUCUUAACAUAUUAUAUGAUAAUCUUUUAGUACUCUUAGAGUAAGGUUUUUUUUUUUUUUUUUUUAAUAUAUUAUUUCCAAGGAGAUUAUGACUUCUUUUAUAAGAUACAUUCCAUAUUUCGGUAGCUGUAUUAAUGUGUUAGUUUUUAUGAUAUUUUUUUACCAAAUUUUUUUUAUACCAAUGCUCUUAUACUAUGUGACGGUUAUAUAGGUGCAGCUAUUUACUGACAAUUAUAAAGUCCCCCUUAUAUAGGAGGUGGACGUGGGUCGUGUCUAAGCGAAACGUGGAUGUCAUUUAUUUUUAGAAUUUAAGGUUUGUUUUUUUUUUUUUUUUUUGGUUCAUUUAAUACUCAGUAUACAAGCAGAGUAGAUCCUUUUUAGAUCGCGACUUCAUUUGAGCAGCAAGAUUUUUUUUUUUUUUAUAGCUUGCAGUCUACAAUUUUUUUAUGUAAAAAAAAAAUAUAUAUAUAACGGAUCACUCAAGAUGUUUAACGUGGAUAUAAUACUGGUUUGAUGUUUUCAACAUUUCGCACCUAGUCAUAACCUAAACGACGAUUGUAGACUGCUAAGAUAAAACCAAAUAUAUAAUAUUUUCUGUCUUAAGUUCUCCAACGCCAUAAAAUUAAUGUAUGUCUAUUGAUGUUACGUAACAUUCCACAUUUGUAUUAUCUGUGUAGCAGUUAUUAGUCUGUGCUCAAAUAUGUGUCUAUUUACAGGAUUUUCAUGACAAUUUAGUGUUAUAAUAAGUUAGGAUAGUUGUUCGUGGGACAUUCGUGUAUCUUAAACGAUCAGAGAUCGCAUCGUCGGGACGUUCGGUUUGGUGUUUUCAAAGUGUUUUAUGUAAUGACGAAUGUUUCACACGAUGUAUUUUUUAAUAAUUUUAAUAUUAAUAUAUGAUAAUACUUCUGUCAGUUUUCUCGCCAUAUAUACUUAUAUGUAAUGGGUAUCCAGUCGUAUUUAAUCUAACCUGCUAUGUUAUCAGGUAUAGCUGUAGGUAUCAACCAUGUUUUGUAUAACACCUCAAGCAGGGUAAGAUUCGAAAGGAGCUUGUUUAGUUCGAAGUUUUUCGAAUGUGCUAUUUCAAUUGCUAUUUUGGAAUAAAAUUUUGAAAGGCAAAGGGACACGUUUGUAAUUUUUGAUGUAUUUGGUGUCAAAAAAAAUUAAAUUAAAAUUUUAAUGUAAAACGUUAAAUUGUACCCGCUGCUAAUGUCGGUGCAAUACUCUCGUGCUCUUGUAAAUUUUAAUUGUUUUUUCGAUAAUUAAGUUUAUGAAUACUAAGAACUGGUCUUCGUGUCGGGGAAAUUAAAAAAAAAUAUCAGAAAUGUAAUAGGUAGAUUAGAUUUGAGUACGGAGUAUUGCUUCUACAUUUAGCUAAUAUUUUGGAGCGAUUUUUUAAAUGGCCAAUUGAAAUGUAUGGACUAGGAAUAACGCAGUGAUAUGUGUCGUCCUAUUUAGAGAUGGAAUCUCUCGUAACCUAAAGGCUGCUGUUUGAAAUGUGAUAGGAUCGGUUGGCAGCGAAAAUGUAUGACGUUUUUGAAGGUUUUGAACAUUUUUUUUUUAAAUUUAAAAAGAUAUCCACAUUCGUCUCUUUCUAGUAUUAAAAUUAACUUACACACCGACGCCUAUUUGUAGCGGUGUCGAUAAUCUUCAAGGAGUUAUAUCAAGGUCAUGGGCCGAGAGAGGGAUAAGUCUUGGAUGUAUUUGUAAACCUAUUUGUAGCUCUAUGUGUCGUCUGAUGUAAUUUCUAUAAUAGGUUGUGGUACCCUAGUUGAUACACAUUAAAUAUUAAUGACAUUUAUCCUAGCGUAAGUUGUAACAGUCAAUGUAACAAAAAAAAAAAAAAAAUGUUUUUUUUUUUUGUUUCCGAGAUUUCAUUUUGAUAACGAUGCCUAAUUUUGUUUAGCGCAACCUCGUUGAUAAGGCAUUUACCAUUCCAUUUUCUAAUUAAGACCACUUGUGUACAUGCAUUUUAUAUUUUUUUUAUUUUGCGAAAACAAAAGAAGCCUUGUGUGAGAUGUCACAUUUUGAGUCGGUCUUUUUUUUAUAUUAGCUCUCUACUGUUGUGAUGUAAUUUUUUUUUAUAUGGCAAAAAUUUUGUGAUCGUCGAUCUGGAUGUUUCCUCAGUAAGGAGUCUUUUUUUUGUUCGGUUAACUUUGUACGAGCAUUGCGUGUAUUUCAAAUUGUUAACUAGUGGUGUUCCAUAUUCCAGCUCUGUGUUGGGACCGCGUAUUAAAAUGCUCGUACAACAGCAGGACCGGUUCCGUCUGUCACUGUUCUGGCAUUCCAACGUUUCGAUGCUCUGUGUAUAUUUUGUUCCGUCGAAACUCUUAUACUCGAUUAUACUCAUGAUCAGUUUUUAAUAUUUUUACUUUAGCCUCUAUUCGAAAUAAUAAAUUAUAAUUUUAUACUA